AUGACGUGUCUAAUCACACUUGUCAAUUUUGCUGAUUUUCUUACAAUUUGAGGUUUUCAUUCUGUUUACUUAAAUAUAAUAAGUGUAAUUAAAAGUUUUUAGUGUAUAAAGCUACCGUUUAAUUCUUAAUAUGUCAACCAAAACUAAGAAAGAAGAAAAAGACGACAAGCCCCUAAAAAUAAAUAAAUGGGAUGGAUCUGCGGUCAAAAAUGCUGUUGAUGAUGCUAUUAAAGAGGUUUUCACGAAAAAGUUCGGUUAUAAAGAAAAUUUUGCCCUUAUGGAUGUAAGACUAGUCAUAUGUGGUGCAGCCGUCUUAAUAGCUGCAUUUGCUCUUCUUUGGGAUUAUUUAUAUCCAUUUCCUCAAUCAAGACCUGUUCUAAUCUUUUGCGCUUCAACAUAUUUCUUACUUAUGGGAAUUUUAACUUUAUAUACUACAUACAAAGAAAAAGGAAUAUUCCUGGUUGCUGUACAAAAAGAUGGGAAGAAAGAAACGAUUUGGGAAGCCAGUUCAUCAAUGAAAAAAUUUGAUGAUAAGUACACGCUUCAGUUGGUUUGUAAAGACAGCAAGACUGGACAUUUUAGACAAACCACUUGUACAAAAAGUAUUGCUAAUUAUGUAGAUGUAAAUGGUUAUGUUUGUCAUGACAUUGUCGAAGCAGAAGUUACAAAACUGCACAAUUCUCUUCUGGGUGAACGCAAAGAUAAAUAAUUUUUAUAUCGUUUUGUGUUAAUUUAAUUAAUUGUAUCACUUUAUAA